AUGAUCAAGACUACUCCCGAAAAUGAAGCCCCCGUCCUUCAGCCACUUGUGCUUCAGCCUGACAUCAUGGAGACUACCAAGCCUCUGAAACAGUCAUUGGAGGGAGCCAUGCGUCGCUCCUUGAACUUCAACGGAGACGCCUCCAAGAAGUUCUUUCCCGAGUCCGACAUCAACUCGAUUCUUUCCGAGAAGUCGGUGUUGGGGGCUCUCCGGGCUUCCUGUUCUGGUGCCGACUUUAUGCGUUGCAUCUAUGCCUCCACAAUCGUCAAGGAUCAGACGCACAUCAAGACUUUUGCCAUCCUGGUCUUGAUAGGUCGAGUCGAUGCUAUCGCAGCUUUCAGACAGAAUCACAUCGGCGACGCGCAGCUCCCAUUGGCAUUCUCGCCCACGCCGGGAGGCAAGACGAGCACUUUGGUGCGGUCCAUGGCUACCCGGUCUAGCUUUGAUCUAUCCCUGAUGGGGCUCAGUCACUACGAGUCAAUCCUCUUCGAGGAGAUGCAGUGGAAGUUUCUAGCGCCCGUUCUUGCGCGAGCAGAUCUCGACGGCGAGCCCCGCGAGUUCCCAGAGUCUACUAUCCUGCCUUUCGUCGUCCCAGACCUCCCUCGCGGAACCCAGUGGCCUCGCAACAAUUGCAGCAACAACUCUCGCAUCUACCAGGCCCACCUUCACGACGGGCAUCAUGACUUCUCCGCCUCCAUCGUCGCAGUCAAGGAGCUUCUCAACGCGGGUCCAGAAGACUACAGGCGUGAGGUAGACGCCCUCAAGACCUUUGGCGGCCCGGAUCAACCUCAUGUCAUUGAGCUACUUACCACCUUUAAGCGUGGGGAAACCUAUUACCUGGUUUUCCCCUGGGCUGAGAACGACCUCCACGGCGUCUUCACCGAGCCGGCAUCCUCUUUGCCUUGUGGCUCAGCCAACGCGGUGAAGCCUGCGACCUUGACCGCGAAGCAGAUGCUCGGUGUCGCCGAGGCCUUGAAAGCGAUACACUACUGCCGACUGAAGAAGCGCUCAAGCAAGGGGUAUCAAGAACCGACCGAGGGAGGUGGUGGAGCCUACCACGGCGACAUCAAACCGGAAAACAUCCUCGUUGAAAACGGCCAGUGGAAGCUCGCUGACUUUGGCUUAUCUCGGAUCAGCCGCGGGACAGACCUUUCACUGUGCGACAGGCCUGUAGGCUGCUCACCGAUGUACCGUGCUCCAGAGCACGACGUCGGCACAUUCGAUGGCCAAAAGGCAGAUAUCUGGUCCCUAGGCUGCGUCAUGAGUGUAGCUGCUACGUGGAUGACUCUGGGCCGCAAGGGGGUGAAGAAAUUCAGCGCCAAUCGUCAAACCAAGGCCGGCGGACGGCCAGAUAACUCCUUUUUUGAGGUUUCCAAAGACCAAGAACAGGGCACCAGAGUUAAGCUCAAGGCCGCUGUCUCGCAUUGGAUAAGUCGACUCCAUCGAGCCCCAAGAGCGAGUACCUUUACUCACGACUUGUUGGACCUGAUUCGAGACAAGAUGUUGGAGGUCGAUGGGUCCAAGCGGACAUCUUGCUCCGAUGUUGUCUCCAGCCUCGAGACGAUGUACCAAAAGUGCUUAGGUGACCCGAGCUACACUGAGCCAGCUCCUCGUGGAAGCGUAUCGAGUUGGACCUGUGGAAACGAGCACUUGACAGGAACCCCGCACCAUGAGCCUCGAUCUAUCACUGUGAACGUGGUCGAGGUACCAGAUCCAACACAGUAUAAUCAGACAUUGCCGGUGCUUGCGCCCCAGCUGGACUACACCUAUCCAUCUGCUAGCUUUACUGCUGGGGAUGACAUAAGUACUGGUGCUGCCGUCUUGCCUUUCGCGUUCACGGAGCCACUUUUGGGAACUUACGACGACACCAUGAAACAGCCAAACUUAUUAUACGGGAGCAUGAAUAUCACCAUCUCACCCGACAUAGGCCAACUCGGGUCGCCAAAUAUGGAAACAUCCUUGCCCUCUUUCGGAGAGCUCCCGAUAUUAUCUCGUCCGAGUCUUACUGUGCCUGUGAUUACCAACAAUAGAAAGCGACGCCGCAGCACCAGCAGCGAAAAGCCCGAAGGUAAACGGCGUAGGUUGCAUACGUCGCUAGGAACGAGUGCUGCAUCUACACCAGGGGCGGAAGGUCCUCUUGACUCAUCCUCAGAGUCCCAGACGAAUUCCCAUGAUGAGAGCCGCGCUUUUGCUUGCCCUUACUUCAAGCUAAACCCGGAGAAGUAUAGAAGGGGGAAGUGGAAGUCCUGUGCAGGUGCCGGCUGGGAGGAAUUUCACCGACUCAAGUGCCAAAAGCGACUGCCCUCGCGAGAAGACCUCGAUGAUCACCGUGAUUCUGAAGUUCAAUGCCAGAGGCAACAUGCCAUGGUGGAUGAUAACAUGGACGACGCGCAGUUGAGCUCCUCUCAAGACCAGAUGCGCGGCAAGGAUGGAGCCUACAAGUGGGGUAGGAUCUACAAGAUCAUCUUUAGAUCAAUACGGAUAUCCCCAGAGGCAAUGCCUUCCCCCUCUAACUACUUAGACCGCGACGAGCUUGAUAGGUUCAGUAACUUCCUGGAGUCACGGAGACAGCAUCAAAUCUAUGGCGAGGUCCAAAGGGAGAUCGACAUAUGCCUGAAGUGGAUUCGCGAAUUUCAGAACCCACGGUCUCUCACACAGUCGACCAUCGCAUCUGAAGUGCCCUCGUUAACUGGAGGGUCGUCAAACAUGUCGACACUGUCCGCCAAUGCCAUGGUAACGAGAGAUGAAUUCGAGCCGGUUAAUUUUGACUACAACACAACAGCUGAUUCUAGUUGUCAAGAGGCUGGGAUCAUGAGACAAGUUCCUUCGGUUGUUGGUUUCCAAUUCCCUGGGUGUCGUUAUGACGAGUCGAUGUAUAUUAGCCCUUCCACAGAUCUUUGA